AUGUCUAGAUCGAUCGAGGAGCCAUAUGUGAUAGCCACACUGCCCAAGCCAUUCGAUGCGGAGAAUGGCAGGACGCACACCGGACUGGUGCAUAGCUUGAACGGAUCGCGGAAGAGAAAACGGCAUGAAAUUGUGGUUGCUGUGGAUGGCGAGAGCGUGAACAUAUACCACGUACGAUCGAUGCAAUGCGGUAUGGUCAGUAUCAAAAGAUUGACGGUAUGGCAGGUCCAAAAUCAAAGUACGACCCGCUCAUAUGCUCUGCCACCACAAUCCUACCUGGCUGCUGCUCCGUGUUCGAUCCACUGCAAGCGACCAAAGCCCAGGCCGUCGCAAAGACGAACAUACUGGGCUGAGCGCAGCAGCAUCACCGAUCAGAAAGCGAAGAUCGUCAGCUAUGUCGAGGACACGAGCAAGUGGCACGGCAAUGAGAACCAGCCUCGAGCACCGAUAAAACGAGAACGAAAGCUCGGCCACGGCGAUGUACAGAGCUUGGAUGUCAUACCGAGCUCAGAAGAAAAGGGCAGUGCGUCUCCUCUUCUGGUGUCUUACAAGAGUGGGAGCGUCGAAUGCAUAUCAGCCGACCUUUCCGGAACACGAUGGGAACACAAAAGCGAGGAUCAGGUCGAGGUCGAGCAUUCACUGGUGACCGACCUGGACAGCGUUCGUCGAGGGCUCCUCCGCGGGCGAGAAGAUAUACAAGCGCUCCUGGAAUCCUUGCAUACCGAAGGCAUCGCUGAAUCGGCACCUGCCAUACUCUGCCAAGUCGUGCGCCUGCAGGACAGACGGCAGGUGCGCAUUCAUGCUUUGAAAAAUGUUGGGUCGAGCGCCCUACAGUCGCAAAGGUCACCCAUUCAGGAGGCUGUGAGAUACGACCUGCCUGGAACGUUUGUCCCGGCGGAAUCUCGCUUCGAGCUGAAUGCACCUGCCGGAACUCUACACCAACACAGCAAAGGUCGGCUUACUGUCUUCGACCUUUCCGGCACUCUGCCAAAAAUGGUGUUCCAAAACGGACGUCCUGGCCAGCGACCCGUUGAUACCUUUGCCCGCCUCUCCAGCGCGUCAGUGCUCACAGCCUCACAACACCGUCUUGCUGUGCACGACACCAAGUAUGGCUCCGUCUUGUCAUCCCUCGAGCUUUCCCGAGAUAGAGAUGGCGUGCAGACGCAAUCUUCGUUGCGCUUCAUUGUAAGCUUCACAGACUUGGGCAUUGUGACCGCUCUCAGAGGACACGACCUGCUUGCAAUGCAAGUUGGCCAUGGACUGGAAGAUGUAAGACGCUCCAGAAAUGCCGGCCCUUUGCUUCUUGAUGUGCUAGGCAAGGGAAAGUAUCUCUCAGAGAAGGUUGACAGCACCGAGACCAACGAGAAGCGUCGUCGAAAAUGGGAGUCCUGGGUGAGCAAGGUCGACCACUUUCUCGAACACGAAGACAUCGAGGGCCUUGAAAAGCUGGUCGCCAAAGAUCUUCAUCUUCACAAAAAAGGCGAAGACAAAGAGAGAAUGACUAAUGGCCAUGCAAACGGUGAUUCUCCUGUGCAUCUUGCGCCUUGGGCUCUGCUCCCCAAGCAUUACGAUCCACAGCACAUCGACCAUAAGAAGGCUGUCUAUAUUUUAGGCAAGAUUUUCGCGUGGCGCACAAUCGAAAGCCAUCUCGAGAUAGGGCAGAAGCAUCUCGAGCUCAUUCUGGCAUCUCGUAACAUCCUGGCAUGGCUUGCGUUGGCAGGCUACCUUACGGCUCCUGAAAUCGAGCAUGCCUUACCUCGGACUGCUGCUGGCUUUCAUUCUCAGCCUCAUGUGCUGCCCGGCGACAUAGCUUACGCAAUUGGAGACGCUGAUGCUAGCUUUGACCUGCUGUGUAACCUAUUCUCUUUACCCGCAUUUUGGGAGCUACCUGAAGUGGUCCAGGCUAUCAAGGUGUUGAUUGACUCCUUCGAGGAGAAGGACGAGGCCAGGCCACAGCAGCUUCUUACGAAUGGAGACAUUGACAUGGUCGAUGGCGACGACGCAGAAAAAUCUGAAGUUCAGUUGGAAGCCGAAGAAGCAGCAGCUAUGCGCGAAAUCGAGCGAGCCAAUAACCUCAUGGAUGCUGGUGUUACACGAAGCACUGCCUUCCGGAAAUGCUUGGUCCGCCUGCAGCAAUUUGAUCACAAAGAUGUUUCGGGUGCACUUCGCGCCCAAAUGUCUCAGACCGAAAUCAUCUUCUUGAUCCAGAUCAUGCGGGUCGAGCUCGCUAAUGGCGGCUGGACGUUCACGUAUGAUGGCAUCGAGGACUCUGCCAUAGGAAUUGACCCAAGCGCGCAAGAGCUAUCUCUGGACAACCAAGGCAUCCGCACUAUUGCUCAAUUGAUCAGCUGCGCAGUAGACGCUAUUGGUCUAAGUGGAUGGACCGUGGGCCUCAGCGGUGAUCGCUUUGUCACAGAUGACCUUCUCUACAGUCUCAUCAACGAGACAAGCGCUGUAAUGGAAGGCAUGUUUGCUGCAGAGAAUCUCGAGACCACUUUGAAAGAGAUCGAGAGAACUGCUGCCAGUGUGCAGCAACAACUCCAAUCUCACAAAAGGAAACGUAAUGGGCCAGAAGAGCAGCCGGAGAAUGCUUCUGAAGCGACCCUGAUGCCGCUCGGCGGCAGAAUGGAUCCACCGACUGUCAGCAAGACAGUUGAAGCACGAAAAGGCAAAGUUCUCACAGCAAAGCAGAAGAGUCAAAGUGUCGGAAAGUACAGCUUCGAGAGGAUUAGGAUUUAG